GGGGCACGUGAGGAGGAGGCGGCGUGAGGCAGCCAUGGCGGGAGGAAUCAAAGUGGCGGGCUGGUCGGCGGUUGGUCCCUGGCCCCGGUGCGGGGGGCCGGGGGGCCGCGGUGCCGCGUGGCUGGUCUUCGUCCUCUUCGGCUGCGUGGUCUGCGGCUCAGCUGGAAUUGAUGUAAAUGUGGUCAUGCUUCAGGAAUCCCAAGUUGAUAUGAAUUCCAGUCAACAAUUCUGUUAUAAAAAUGUGCUUAUCCCAAAGUGGUAUGAUAUAUGGACACGGAUACAGGUCCGGGUAAAUAGCUCCAAACUGGUCCGAGUCACCCAGGUGGACAGUGAGGAGAAGCUGAAGGAGCUAGAGCAGUUUAGUAUUUGGAACUUUUUUUCUUCCUUUUUAAAAGAGAAAUUGAAUGACACCUAUGUUAACGUGGGUCUGUACAGCACAAAAACCUGCCUCAAAGUUGAGAUUUUAGAGAAGGACACCAAAUACAGUGUCAUUGUGACCCGGAGAUUUGAUCCCAAAAUUUUCCUCGUUUUCUUCCUUGGACUUACACUAUUUUUUUGUGGAGACUUGUUGAGCAGGAGUCAGAUUUUCUACUAUUCCACUGGAGUGAGCGUGGGGAUUGUGGCCUCUCUGUUAAUCAUCAUUUUUAUGCUCUCCAAGUUUAUGCCCAAGAGAAGUCCCAUUUACGUCAUCCUGGUAGGAGGCUGGUCCUUUUCUCUGUACCUCAUUCAGCUAGUUUUUAAGAAUUUACAAGAGAUAUGGAGGUGUUAUUGGCAUUUUCUUCUAAGCUACGUCCUCACAGUGGGAUUCAUGAGUUUCGCGGUGUGCUACAAGUAUGGGCCCCUGGAGAAUGAGCGAAGCAUCAACCUGCUGACCUGGACACUGCAGCUGCUGGGCCUGGGUUUCAUGUACUCCAGCAUUCAGAUACCACACGUUGCUUUUGCUCUCAUUGUCAUUGCCCUGUGCACUAAGAACCUGGAGUACCCUGUUCAUUGGCUGUACACCACCUACAGAAAGAUGUGUAAGGCAACAACAAAGCCCGUUCCCCCUCGCCUCCUGACAGAAGAGGAGUAUCGGAUACAAGGAGAGGUAGAGACCCAAAGGGCUCUUCAGGAACUCCGAGAGUUUUGUAAUAGUCCAGAGUGUUCUGCCUGGAAGACUAUAUCUCGGAUUCAGUCUCCAAAAAGAUUUGCUGACUUUGUGGAAGGCUCUUUUCACCUCACACCAAAUGAAGUUUCUGUUCAUGAGCAGGAGUAUGGAUUAGGGAGCAUAAUUGCCCAGGAUGAGGAGCUGUCCUCAGAGGAGGAGGGCUCAGAGUACCCCACUGUCACCCAGAACAGCUUCCUGACUUAGAUGUGGGACUCCGUUAUUUUCACAUAAAUUGGUGUGGUGCCUUGGCAGUCCAUGUGCAAGUGCUGUGCGGUCUCUCGGCUUUCAUGACGGCCUGAAGAGGGUGCAGAAGCUCUCCUGCUGAUGUGAGAGGACUGCGUGGGUUCCCCCUGUUCUCCAAGGGACCCCCGAGGAAAGAGUGGAGGAAGAAGUGAGUGCUGUGACAGCUGAGCUAUUGGUCCACUUGCUGUUCCUGAAGAAACUGGCUGGCCACAGCCAGCAUGAUAUUCUAGCUCCUGUUUGAAAGUUCACUGAAUGAUGGCAUUUCUGACUCUGACAGACCACAGAAAUGAGGACUGAGUGCAGUAGUGCAUUCAGAUCAUAGGCUGCGCCUUCUAAAGAGAAAUGGACAAGUCUGAGCCAUUUUUACUUCUGUUGGCUUAUACUCCAGUUGACAUUAGACAAGGACCAUUGAAUCCUUGAUUCAGCUCCUGAAGGAAAGAGAGAUAGUUGUCCAUCUUGUUUUUUAAAUGCAGCAAAUUUAUGUUUUAGAACCAAUAAGUGGUCCAGAGUGACAGAUACUAUCGACCCCAGAUAUUUAUUGGUAUAGAUAUCCAUGAAAGCCCCUGGAGCUGCUGUAUUGAACCUUGAAUUCUCAGAAACUGAUAUUCUGAGUUUUACUUACACUUAGAAAAUCGUCUACUGGCCCUUCUGUAGAUUCUAUUUCCUAAGCUUUUUAUUCUGUUUGCCCUUUGCGAUUUUCUCUUGCUUUUUCUCACCACUCCCUUUCCGCCCAGGCAGGGUCUGUCCCCUUCCCUGUGGGCUGUGUACAGUUCAGGAUUUGUCUCUUUUUUUUCUUUGCCUCCUUUUUCUCCACUCCCUCCCUUUCCCUUCCUAACAUGGAGUUCCUCUGCUUCUGACCAUUUCAUUUAUAGAUUUUCUUUCUAGGCCAGGGUCUUGCUGUGUGACUCAGCUGGUGUUAAGCUCUCAGUCCUUUUACCUCAGCCUUUCAGUGCUAGGAUCUUAAGCCUCUGCUGCCAUGCUAAGCUUUUUUUUGAGACAGGGUUUCUCUGUGUAGCCCUGGCUAUCCUGGAAUUCACUCUGUAGACCAGGCUGGCCUUGAACUCACAGAGAUCUGCCUGCCUCUGCCUCCUGAGUGUUAGGAUCAAAGGUGUGUGCCACCACACCACACCUGGUAUGCCAAACUUCUUGUCUUCAUUUUUAUAUAUCCUUUUUAUCUUGGUUCCUACAUUAUAGCUAGGAAGAGAAAUCUUUUUUACUUCUUUUCCCCCAUCUGAUCACAUUUCUUUGAGUUACUACACAGUCAAGAUACUAUCCCAGGGCUGGAGAUGUAGCUCACUGGUAGAGCACUUACUGACUCAGCAUGCAUGUUCUGGUAGAACUUUAGCAUCACAAUAAAACAAAACCAAUCUUAUCUCCUUGUCCCUGUCUCCUAUUAUAUACCCAUUCUGUUCAUUUAGCCUUCUCACCACCCGCAUGGUGGUGAGAUCUGGUAAUGAGGUCACAGAUCUGCUAAUUUGCAAUUCCUAAAACCAUCUGUUAAGUUUCUUUAUUAUACAGUUUUAGUUAUGUAGCUGCCACAACUUUGCUUGGCAGAUAAAGACCUUAAGGUGAUCUUCCUGCCUUUGACACUCAUUCAGCUGUCAGCAUCAGACACAUUCCCCCCAAAUUUACUGCCCUGAUUUAUAUACAGUUCCAUUUCUGACAGAGAUGCUGCCUCUUUCCUUAGUUUAGUGACCUCAGCUUCAGAAUCCCUUGCCAUUGAAGAUACCCUCAGAAGCUGGCAGUGUUACUUAUGAGGGAGCAGACUCUCAAGUUUCUGCCGUUUGCUUGGUUCUUUCAUUGUGAUCUUCACCAUCACAUUGGAAGAAAUGUGUAGCUUUUGUGAUUCCUUCAGCCAGGAAGGUAGGUGCUCACUUAGGUAGACAGCAUCAGACUCGUUGUCUUAGGAUCAUCAAGAAGGAAGAUGGUGUCUUCAGGCAGGCUGUCAGCAUCUAGUUUUGAAAGACCCUAGGCUCUACUGCUGGCGUCCAAAAUGCUGGCAGAGCGGCCAGUGAGUUCUUUCAACCAGUGUUCCCCAUAGCCUUAAAUUGUCCUAAAGUGACAACUACUUCAACUGGUAGAUGUGAGACAGGAGAAACGGAAAGCCAGCAGUUAUGGGCAGGUGCCACAGGUUCAAGCGGCCGAGUACAAGAUGACUUUGUGAAUUGCAAAUACGGUGAAAGUCUGUCCCUAAGCUUCGGAAAAAGCGGGGAUGAAGCUCAAGCAGGACGUGCUUGUCUGGCAGGUUCAAAGCUGGGGUUCAGUUUCGGCAUCACAAAAACCCACCAGUAGCAACAAAAGCCUUCCAAAACACACUAUUUUGGAACCUCCUUUGUAGAAAUUGAUACCGUACUGUACAGGUGUUGUUCAGUCCGGGGAGCCCUUGGUGCCUUUUCCUACAUCACUCCCUGUGAAUGGCAGCUUGCUAAAGGGGAGGGCUGACUUAGAUGUUUAUUUUAAUGAAAAAUCACUGUGAAUGACUUUGUUCUUCUGUGUGGUGAGCUCCCUGUGAAAUACGGAUUUCUUUUCAAGACCGUGUGUUUUUUACCUGUGUUUGAAGCUCUUUUUCUUUCCCUACCUGGGGAACUGAGUGGUGUGGGAGUUGUUCUCAGACAGUGAAGGACGGUGCUGCUGUUGUGUGCUGUUUAUCCUUGCCCUGCCUGCCUGUGUGUCUGUCUGGAUGCUUCUGAGCCUCUGCAUGCCCAGAGGCUGCUUGAUGGAUCUCAGCUUCAUUGUUCAGACUGAUCUCAUCAGGGAUUGAAGGAAGGACUGGGGUGAGCUGGACACUGGAGCCAUGUCUGCUGCCAUGUCAGCGUCUUUGCUCAGCAGCUAUCAAGCCGUAAGUUAAUUCCUGGACUCAGGGUCUCAUCAUUGGAAAUCUAUUGCUUCUAAUCAGUCUGACCUGAGUUUAUAGAACAUGGCUCCCAUUAAUGGGAACACAAGAGGCAUUUGGCAUAAAACUUUACAAUACCCCUUUCCACAGAACAUAAUGACCAAAGCCAAGGAAAAAGUUGAGCAACUUUGGUAACUUUGUUACCUUGAAAUUAGCUGGUUUCUCCCACCUGCGUUCUUGUUAUAUCAACAGUGGUUAUUUUGCUGGUGAUGGCUCUUUGGGUUCCACUGUUCUGUUUUACCAUAUUAUAUCCUAUCCUAGGGCAUAGCCCUUUAUUAAUCAAUUGUGUUCUCUCUAGCCACCCCUCUUGGCAUAGGUGAUGGAGGUUUGAUGAAUGAAAGGACCCAAAUAGGCCAAGGAAUCCCCCUAGACCUUGAUAGUCACGAAGGGUUUGGGAAUGGGUUAUGUAAUUGCCCUCAAUCUUUUGUUCCAGAAGAAAAGAUGAGCUGAGAUGGAUAACUGUGCUACAAUGGUGUCCCUAGCUGUGUCCUUAUAACUUCAGAACUGAAUAGAAACAGUUGAAGUAGGAGACAGAAAGUUGUAUCCUCUUCCAGUAUUCCUUUGGACUCGGGUCUAGCUUAUGAGACAAUUGUCUGUAUUUGAAUGCAUUUAUUUGAAUGAAGAAUUUUAUCUGAACACAGGGAAGGACAGUGGGGCAGAUUUACUGAACUCUCUCAGGUUAGCUAGGCUGUGAGAGCAAGGAAUAAACAAAGUAUCCAUGGCAUAUGACAAGUUUGCCUAAGUCUUGCAUGUAGCAGAAAUGAUUUCUUUUGGGGGAGCUUAUGCAAUUGUGGUAACCCAGUGGUAUCUUCUGUUGCUGUUGGAGUCCAGAUGGUUACUACUUUGAAGAGGUGGUUUGAAAGUCAGGUGUAGUGGUGUAUACCCAAACUUGGAAGGCUGAGGUGAGAGGGCAGCAAAGGAGACCCCCAUCCCUUAGACGGCAGGACAAGAACCCACUGUGGACAAACAAAGCACACAAACACCAGUGUUAGCCCCAUUGCCUCAGCGGGUCAGGAGGGAUCACAUGGACCCUUACAUGUACGCGUGUCAUUUUUCUUUGACAUGCUUUAUUGUUUAGACUGGGUGUGUCCCUCUGUGUGUAGCCUGGAGCUCAGGACAACCCUGCCUCAGUCUCUGAUUGCUGGGAUUACAGCUUCCUUUUAUACUCUUGAUAACUUGAAAAUGGUGAAACCAGUUGCUUUGAACUUUGGGGCCGCGUGAACAUUGCAGUGUGACAGAUUGCCCCAAUGUGAACCUCAGAGCCUGUGAAAACCCACAGUGGCCACAGUUUCCAAGUCUGUGGAAUUGAUACUGAAAUAGCAAGGCCAAGAAACUUCUAGGUGAGUUUCAGCCUGUGGGUAAUGCCUUAGUGUUAAUUUAGAUAAAAUAUUUGUCAUUUGUACUUAGUAAAUGUUAAUGGAUAUUCAGGGAGAACAAAAUUAUCAGGGAUGACUGUUUGCCAUGGUCUUCCCCUACUUUUCUGUAAGAAAAAGUGAUGCUGUGUAUUUUUUUAUUAUUAUAUGGCUUGUAAAUAAUCACAAUUUUAAUAAAGUUUUGUAUGCUGU